ACUGAUGAUGUCGUACUGAACUUUGUGGCGAUGAAUCAUGGAGACCAAAGUGAAACCAUCUCCGAACCUGUUCACGAGGAGGCAGAAGACCCGAGAGAGAAAGAAUCAAAAGAUUUUACAGAACAGAGAAGUUCUACUCCAAAACAGGAAAUGGCUAAAUCCAUCCUCAGGUAUCCCCCCACAAAAUAUGAUAAUGCAGAGUCCAAUGUGGCACACAUGAAAGAUCCAUCUCAUAAAAAAGGCUCUACCUCAUUAAAAGUGUCUGAAAGACCAAAGGUGUCCUUUGGCCCCUAUGUAGAGAGACGCAGAGCAGUGCCUGGAAAACUAAAGGACUUCCCCAAACAAACCAGACAUGCAGCCAAGGGACAUUUCACCCCCAAUCCUGAUCAAAGACACCAUCAUAGUUCUUCAUUUAUUAACAUCCGGCCUCCCAGUCCUCAUCGUCCUGGUUUGAAUCUGUCUGACUCUUCUAACCCCAUUUUACAUCCUCCAAGACUGACGUACUCCAGCUUCAAUAAGACAGGAGGGGGCUCCAGCCUGCAGCAGCAAGCAGAAAUGAAAAAAAGGGGUAGUUACAGGAAACCCCUGGAGAUGCUUCUCAAUCUCGUGGACAAACACUGGACGGGAGAGAAAUCUCUGCAUCAUAACAACAACUUCCUGUCUCAGGCGGUCCAGAUCCUCUCUAUGAUGGAGAGCGAUAUUUCCAGCCGGGAGGCUGAGGUCAGGAACUUAAGACGAGAAGCUGAUGCAUUGAGCUUUCAAGCGGCUGCACGAGAGGAAGAGCACAAAACUGAAGUUCGUAACCUCUCUGCUCAGCUGGAGGAAACUCGUAGUGCAGUUGGCAAAUUAAAUGAGCAGCUGAGGAUUGUCUUGGAGGAGAAUGUCGCUCUACAGAAACAGCUCAUCAAAUUAGAACGACAGUAUCUCAAGUCUAUGAUGAAAAGUUCACCUAUUACUCAGAUUAAAGAGGCUCAGACGGAAGUGGAGGAGCUGAGGAAAGAGAUCGAGGGGCUGAGGGAGAAAGUGCAGGAGGCUGAGAAAGUCAAGGAUUUAUCAAAUAUGCUGCAGGAAAGCCACAGGUCCCUGGUGGCUACCAACGAGUGUUUGCUAGCUGAGCUGAAGGGAAGUGGGGAGCAUUAAAGACGAUUUUGAAUGAGGACAUGCGCAUCGGUAUGAAAAUAUCAAAACAAGACUAUGCAGAAUGUCAUAUUAGCAUUGCAGUCACUGCAUGAGCCCCAGCAUUUAAAGACAUACUUUUAUUUAUA